UGAAACGCCCAAAUUUGGCCUUGGAAUUGAAAACCCUAACCAAAACCCUUACUUGAUUUUCUUCGAUCCCAUCCCGAAAUGUUCAAAUUUUCCUCCACAUUUCUUCUACAUUUCAUCCAAAAACGUUUUCUCAAUACCGUUUCUACUUCUACAUUGCCUUUAGCCUCCGUUUCUACCAUCCAAUUCCUCACAAAUUCAUGUGGCCUUUCUUCAGGAUCUCCUAUUUCCAGAGGUCGAAAGCUCCAAUUCGAUGAAGAAAACCUCCAGCAGUACGGAGCCGUUAUCGGUUUCUUCAAAUCACAUGGAUUCGAGGAUUCACAGAUCGCCAAGUUGGUCUCGAGGAAACCUUCAAUCCUUCACUCCACGGUAUCCACCAAUCUGAAGCCUAAAUUUGAGUUCCUCCAGGAAAUCGGGAUCGUCGGUCCUUUACUUACUAAGCUAAUACUAUCGAACUAUAUGAUUCUUUUUAGGAGCUUAGAUUCUCAGUUGAAACCAACAUUUCGCCUCAUAAAGGAAAUGCUUGGAUCGGAUAAAAAGGUCACUGCUGCUAUUUGUCGUACUUCGUGGCUUCUAACUUCUAAUUCCAAUGGUACUGUGCGAUCUAACAUCGAUGUUUUGGUCAGUGAAGGAGUACCUUCUACGAAUAUAGCGCAAAUCAUUGCAUUGAACCCUAGAAGUGUUAUGCGAAAGGUUGAUAGAAUGAUUCGUGCAGUGAAAACGGUUAAAGAAUUAGGCGUUGAACCAAAGGAUGGUAUGUUUGUUUAUGCAGUUAGUGUGGCGGUUUCGAUGAGUGAUUCAACUUGGAAGAAGAAAAUAAAUGUUAUGAAGAGUUUAGGAUGGUCUGAGAAUGAGAUUUUUACAGCAUUUAAGAGAUUUCCACGUUGUUUAACUUGUUCAGAGGAGAAAAUGAGGGAUAUUGCAGAUUUCUGUCUCAACACUGCAAAGUUGGAUCCAGGAACUCUAAUUUCUUACCCUCAGUUCUUCAAUUAUUCCGUCCACAAGCGGCUGCAACCAAGGUACAAAGUUCUUGAGGUUUUAAAGAUGAAAAAUCUUCUUAAAACCAAAAAUAUCGGUUUGUUAUUUGUGGAAGGGGAGAGAAGAUUUGUGGAGAAAUGUAUUGUUAAGCAUUUUGAUAAAAUCCCAAAUCUGAUAGACAUAUACCUGGGCAAUGUGAAAGCCGAAACCAAAUCUGUUCUAUAGGACUGGAAAGUUGUAGGAAAGUUGUGUUGUCUUCCAUCCAAAUGAAGGCAGUUAGUUAGGUAAAUCUAUUUGGUGUAUAUUUGUUCAUAGACAUGUUAAUCUUGAAGUUGAAUCCAAUGAUGAUGUUGAAAUGGGAUGAGAGACAUGAGAGUUGUAGAUAAACUUUCUGCUUUGUCUGUUUUAAUGUAGAGGAGAUUUGGGUAUUGUAGUAGAAGGGAUGUAAUACACAAUACAUAUCCAUCUCAUCAUAAUUCUUUUGCUAUUCCAUAUAACAA